AUGGUUGAUUGGAAGAAUAUACAAAUAAAAGUUGUUGAACAGUUAAAAGAAUUAGCACAUGCAAAGUAUGGGCUUUUUGAGAAUAGUGAUGUUUUGGCAAUUCGAACAAAAAGAAAUUUAAAAAGAUUUUGUUAUGCAUAUUUAUUUAUUAUUUGUUGUUUUGCUGUUGUUGAAUGUUUGUUCAUUCCAUUUAUGAUAUUACCAAUUUUAAUAGCAUUUAUUCCUUAUAUCGUCAUUAAUACUCUCCGUAAGUGGAACUUUUCAUUACCUGAGAAAGUUUUUGGAUAUCCUUUGGACUUUGUUUGUGUGAUUGUUGGGUUAAUGGCGUCAAAUCUAUUCUGUUUUAUUUCUGGUACUCGAUAUGUUGUAUAUAACUUUAUCACAUUUACAGUUUCAAGUGUUUCUGUACAAGCACAUAUAAUAUUAUGUAUAUCUGAUUUAGAGCUGAUAAUUAAAGAAGAGAAUAAAACAAAACAGAAUGAAGAAGAGAAUAAAGAAGAGAAUAAAGAAGAGAAUGAAGAAGAGAAUAAAACAAAACAGAAUGAAGAAGAGAAUAAAACAACACCUUCUUCUCAAAUUCACUCAAGGACUGCAAACGUUAAAGAAGAUGAAGUGUCAUCGUCAAGUGAUGAGGUAGAAUCAAAACAAUAA